AUGGCCCCACUUUACUUCGAAGAACCAACAUCUGAGAGUACAUUUUUAUUUGACUGUGUUACGGUGAGCGUCGUCAAGAGAGCUCCAUUAGCCAGUAAUGGAGUGAUCAAUUUUCAGGUAUUUACGCCAGGUGUCCACAAAAAGCCAUAUAAUAAGAGUUCAAAAAUUAAGCAAAUCCAACUAGAGCAAGAUAGCGGUAAAUCUCUACAUGACAGUGAACUAAAGAGGAGUCUUGUUGAUCUAAACAGAGCAGGAGCUCCCCUAAUUGAGCUAGUUUUUGAGCCAGAUUUGGAGGAUGGUGAAGAGGCAGCAGCACUAGUGAAAGAGUUAAUUUUGAUUAUGCGAAGACUUGGAGCUUGCACGGGGCGUAUGGAAGAGGGUGCACUGAGAGUAGAUGCUAAUGUCUCUCUCAGGAAUUUUGGAGAUCCCUUGUCAACAAGGACCGAGAUUAAAAACAUUGGUUCAGUUCGUGGCGUAGCGGGUGCUAUUUGUCACGAGAUUCAACGACAACACACACUGUUAGAAAAUGGCGGACGGGUUGUGAAUGAAACACGGUCUUGGGAUGCCGUUAACAAAGUCACUAUUGCAAUGAGAGACAAAGAGGUUGUCCAGGAUUAUAGAUACAUGCCAGAGCCGAAUCUUCCACCUCUCCGUGUAAAUUUACGUACAAAAGAAGAUACUCAGGAUGUAAUCAGUGUGCCAGCCAUCAAAGACCUCAUACCUGAGCUACCAGAAGACUCCAGAAGGAAACUCAUCGGACAAUUUGGUUUACGACCGGAGAUCGCCAUUCAACUGGUCAACGAGCCUCCCUUGCUAGAAUACUUUCACGAAUUAACAUUAGAUACUGUUAGGAACCCUACUAAAGUGGCCAAUCUUUUACUUAACGAUCUCUUGACUGUACUUAACAAAAGACAUAUUGGUGUUGAAGAUUGUGCAAUAACAAAGGAUCAAAUUAAAGAACUCACUGAUAUGUUUUUAAGGAAACAGAUCAAUUUGGAUGUAUAUCGAAAAAUAAUCGAUGAACUUCUUGAUAAGCCCAACAAUAUUUCGCCCUUUGAUUUGAUAGCAGAGAAAGGAUGGUUCAUAAUUACGGAUGAGGAUGAAAUAUCACAGAAAUGCAUGGAAAUCAUACAAAACAAUCCAAAAAUAGUUAAACAGUACAAAGAAGGGAAAGUAAAAGUAUUGAAAGCAUUAUUAGGGAUUUUAGUUAAGAAUACAUCUAAUAAACUUGAUAUGUCGGUUGCGGCUGCAAAAAUGGAGGAAUUGUUGAAAAAA